AGAAAAAGUUGGGGGUGAUAAUUGUGGCUGUAUAUUCCAAUUUGCAAGUUGUGUGAUUCGGUGAGAUUUGGGUGAGUGACGAUAAUUUGGGGUUUCGAGCUUUAAGGAAAAGGGCAACCUGGGAAAGAAAGAAAGAAAGAAAGAAGUUCUGAGCAUGUGAAGAGCGAAGAACUGCGAUAGAUGGAUAGAUAGAGAGAGAGGUGGGUGUGUGUGUAUGCGUGUGCGUGACGGUGAGGGCCCUUCGAAGAUAUAAAUAGCUUUCUCUGGUUAGGGUUUACUCUCCAAUCUAUUCUUCCAUACUCACACACAUUUCCAUCCAAGAAGUUUAACGAUCCAUUCCCUAAUUAUGCGCCGAUUGCAAAAAUCAAAAAGAGUUUCAUGGGCCUCCGAUUUAGAUCUUUGUCAGGUUAGGCUAUUUUUAUCAGAAGAAUCCCCUUCGCAGGUUGGAUUAAAUUCUCAAGAUCACCUCCAAGCUAAGGCAUCAUUGCAGUUCCCUGCAGGUGGACCAGGUUCCGAUGACAUUCUGCCUCCUGGAUUUGAGGGAACUCAUACUUCAAGUCAGUUUGAGAUUAAGCCAUCUCAAAUACCAGUUAUUAAGUGGAUUACUCCUCCAAAGAUUGUGCUAAAUCUCGAAUGGCAAGUAGUGUCUGGGGAAGAAAGCAAAGAGGUAGAGGAUCAACGUCAGAGGGAGAUGAGAGUACUUGAAGCUAUUUAUCCUCGCACAUCAUCCAUUCCUCCAAACCCUUCUGUUUCAGUGGAUGUUGAAGAUUCAAAUUACAUGGAUGUUCAACCUGUACUGAUACCAAUAACGGCAAUUGAAGAUGACGAUGCAGCAGCAGAUACAUUAUCGGAUUCCUUGGAACCAGUUGAUGCUUCACAAUCUCUUGAAUUACCUCCCGGUAUGUUGAAGAAUUCAAACUCUGCCACAAGUACGCAAUUUGCUCGUGGUCUGACAUCUGAUGUAUCUGCUGCAUCUAUUGCUUUAACUAACAUUGUGAGGAGCAACGAACAUGGGAAAUUGAUUGACCAUGAAUUACUUAAUAAUAUUCUCAGCAAUCCAGAAGUGAUUGAGAAAUUGGUUAGAGAUUAUGGACCUACUAAUAGUUCGCAAUAUGUACAUAAUGUGGGGUCGUCCUGUGCGGUUUUUUCAAAUCCUCCUAUUCCUGUUAAUCAAGGAGAAACCGCUACACCUUCAUCGAUUGCUUUUUCAGCCACUUCUUCCUAUACACCAUCUACCGGAGGUCAGGUGGCACCUGUUUCUACCCAAUGGCUUCCUAGGCCUGCAACCAGUUCAGCUAUUGUUUCUUCUCCUGUUGAGGUUCCUGCUGCGAAAGAUGUUAACUACUAUAAGAGUUUAAUUCAGCAACAUGGAGGAGAUAAACAAGAAACACUGCCAUAUUCCAGUAAACGUCAGAUUCAUCAGCCAGUAACAAGUUAUGAGCCAACAUACAAUCAAAGAGCUAAAGUGUCAAAACCAAAGAUAAUGAAGCCUUGUAUCUUUUUCAACAGUUCUAGAGGAUGUCGAAAUGGAGCUAACUGUGCCUACCAGCAUGACGCGUCAUUUCAGCCACGAGGUAAUACCGUGGCGGGGAUACAAAGUUCAAAGAGAAUGAAAAUGGAUCAUGAGAUUAGCAGUUAAAUGAACUCUGUUGAUUGGUGGUGUCGAUUGCCGUUUAAUGUCAUGGUGACGGUUGAAUGCAGGUUCAUAUGCUUUUUGAUGUGAUCCAAUUAGCCUUUAAUUUGAUGAGCAAUUGUGAGCCUUGUUUGCAACUAGUUUCAAAAGCUACAUGUAUAAUUUUUUAAUGAAAGGCUCUUCGUUUUCUUCC